AUGCCACCAUUUGGCGCUCAUGCAUUUCAAAGUUCACAUUGGGUGAAUCAUCAAGAGAGUGGAUCGUUGCAUGGUGAUGAUGACCAUUUACCCAAUUUAACAGAAUGUUCUUCAGCCUUGUCUCCAGUAGUUGAUGCUACAAUAAAACAGACUGUUUCAAUUACUGAGUUAAAUGAUGAAUUGAUUAAGAUUAGUGAAUUAGAAGAUGAUCAGCCUCAUGGUAAGCGCAUGCGUCAUUCAUCUUCUUCAUCUCUUCCCUGUCCCACAUUGUCUCCUCAACCAAUAUGUGAUGUUGUAUCCGAAGAAACUGAUUGUAAACUAAUUGAAUCGCAUGAUGCAAAUUCUGACUGUGUGAUCAGUUCAUCGUGUGAUGAUAAUGAUGAUGAGUUGGAAUUCACUCAACUUAUAGAUGAAAGUGGUCGUUGUCCACUUCGUGCUCGUGAGGAAUUAGUUCAUCAUGGUGUUAUUUGUUUAUGGCCAGAUCAUGAUAAAGCAAGCAGUUAUGAAGCACGUGCUGUUCGAUGCUUAUGUGUAUCUACUGUUUUGCGUAAUCUUUCGUUUAUGAAUACAGUUGAACGACAUUUGAGUAAUCAGAAAGGAGUUUUGGCUUUGAUAGGGCGAUUGAUAUUGUUCGGGCAUGAACACAUUGGAAAAAAUGAUACAUGGCAAGCAGUAGAGGAUAAAUCACAUGCUUUAGAAUCUAGCUAUUGUGCUUGGUGGACACCGACAUGGUUGGAGGAUAUGCGAGAAAAUGCUAUGGUACUGUUAGUUAAUGUGGCUGGUUACUUGGAGUUAGUUCACUUUGAUGAAUCAAUUGUACGUCCAAUCUUAGAAGGUCUUUUACACUGGAUAACUUGUUCUACUUCUGCUUCAGUUGAUCCUUUUCCAGGUCAUCGAACUCUUAGUCCUCGUCGUUUAGCACUGGAAGCUUUAAAUCGUCUUUGUGUACAUGAAACAAAUGUUGAUCUUCUCUUGUCAACUCCUUCAGAUGAAAAAGUGCUUAGCAAUCUAUUCGAUAGACUUGCUACCUGGCUUGCUGUGCCAGAGGAUCAAGUAACACGUGAAUUAGCUUUGUCAACAAUGCAUUAUCUUGCUGGUGGAGGUGCUUCAUUCUCUACUUCUGUAUCUUCAAGCAUUGGAAAAAGUUCUAGUGAAACAAAUGCAUCCACAAGCACAUACAUCGGGACAACUAUGCUUGCUGGUGCCAAGCCUAGUCCUAUAUCUGGACUAUUAGCGUUUAUUGAAGCUGCUGAAGCAACUACAAGGCGAGUUAUUGAUCAGUAUGGUGUUCAGGCUCUACAGGAAAGACCGGAAUUAAUGGGAACAAGUUUGGAAAUGGUUCGUCGUGCAGGUGCUUUGCUUGAUAGGUUAGCUGUUGAUUCUAAAGGUCGAGUUUCUUUCACACCUGAUUUGGAGCUUCGAUUAAUGGAUCUGGUUACUUCUCGUGUGCUAGAUGCUACUGUUGCCCAUCUAUUAUGUGGUGCACUUCAUCGUUUACUUCCAGAUUGUGACUGCCCUAUUAGUCAUAUAAAAGUCUCUACUGUUCCACCAAUCCCAUCACCAUCAGUCGUGGCGGAGCUACUAAAACAAUCAGUAAAUACACGUGAGAGUAUUAAUCAAGUCGCAAAGGAGCAUUCAAAUAAAGACGUUGGUAAGGCAGAUUCAUCUCCGGAGGUUGUAUCUAGUGAAAAGUCAACAGAUGUAACUGGUUCGGAAUCACAUUGUAAGCGGUCAGCAACUGAUGGUUCUAAAGAUAGUGAGUCCAAUAAAACAGGCUCAUUCACCACUACAGAAGAUGUCAAGAAAGUUGCCUACGAUAUUGACGAAUCUGUAGAUAAAAGAGUUGUAAUAAGUUGUAUGAACCCACCUAUCGAUAAAAAUCCCGUUUUUCAAGAUUCCUGCAUAAAAGAAAAAAAGAUGAAUGGAUCCGUAAAUGCUGCAUGUGAUGUACACUGUAAAACUGAAACUCCUGAUUUGCAAAAUAAUUCAGUGAAUGAUCUUGGCGUUUAUUGCAACAACACAGACUCUCAGUCAAAGACUAAUUGUAUGGAUUGUCCAUGA